UAACUUGACCUCUUUGACAUUGAAAGUUCAAAUUUCAAGAAAUCGUAAAGAUUAAAAACGAGCUUAGAGCUAGAUUAGACUGAAUUACGCACCAUAGACGCGUUUUAACCUAACCAAGGCCGACAAUGAGUCUCACUUCUGUCGUUAUUCCCACUACGCCCUUCGAGGGGCAGAAACCCGGCACCAGCGGGCUACGCAAGAAGGUCAAGGUGUUCAUGGAGAAGAACUACACUGAGAACUUCGUACAGUGUAUUUUGGACGCCUUGGGGGACAAGCUCAAGGGGGCGACGCUCAUCGUAGGCGGCGAUGGAAGGUACUUUUCGAAGCAGGCGAUUAAUAUAAUUAUUAGGAUCGCGGCGGCUAAUGGGGUGGCCAAGUUGAUCAUCGGACAAAGGGGGAUUUUGUCGACGCCUGCCGUGUCUUCGCUGAUCCGUACACAUAAAGUGUUAGGGGGGAUUGUUCUGACGGCGUCGCAUAAUCCCGGGGGCAUCAGGAACGACUUCGGGAUUAAGUUUAAUAUUGAGAAUGGGGGCCCGGCGCCUGAUAGCUUCACGGAUGCGGUGUACGAGCUCACGAAGAAGAUUAGUCUGUAUAAAUUCACCCCGGAUUUGGACUGCGAAUUUUCGCAGACGGGGACCCAGACUUUCGAGGUCGACGGGAGGCAAUUCGUGGUGGAAGUCAUAGAUUCUUCCGAUGAUUACGUUACUCUGAUGAAGGAGAUUUUCGAUUUUGGGAAACUGAAGGAGCUGAUUCGGGGGGAUGGCAACAGGCCGCCCUUCAACGUGUUAAUUGACUCCAUGAACGGGGUCACUGGUGUCUACGUGACUCGAAUUUUCGUGGAAGAAUUAGGAGCCAGCCCUGAUAACAACGUCCGUCGAAUAAUCCCCCUGGACAACUUCGGGGAGAUCCACCCCGACCCCAAUCUCACCUACGCCAAAGACCUCGUUGACAAGGUCAAAGACGACACCACCUACGACCUGGGGGCCGCCUUCGACGGAGACGGGGACCGCAACAUGAUCAUCGGAAAGCACGCCUUCUUCGUCACCCCCAGCGACAGUCUGGCUGUGAUCGCCAACAACCUGGACUGCAUUCCGUACUUCAAGAGCAAGGGGGUCCACGGCUUCGCUAGAUCCAUGCCGACGGCGGCGGCGGUGGACCGGGUCGCCGCCAAGCUGGGCAAGGAGAUGUUCGAGGUGCCCACCGGGUGGAAGUACUUCGGGAAUCUGAUGGACGCCGGGCGGCUGUCGCUGUGCGGCGAGGAGAGUUUCGGGACCGGCUCCGACCACAUUCGCGAGAAAGACGGCAUUUGGGCAGUCCUGGCAUGGCUGUCCAUCAUCGCCCACAAGAACAUGAGCGUGGAGGACAUCCUCACCGAACACUGGAAGACCUACGGUCGGAACUACUUCACCCGGUACGACUACGAGGAGUGCGACAGCGACGACGCUAACAAAAUGAUGGCCCACCUGGAGCACACCAUCGCCGACGCCGCCUUCGUCGGGAAGACCUUCACGGCGGAGGGGAAAACCUACAAGGUCAAGCAAGCCGACAACUUCUCGUACGUGGACCCCAUCGACAAGAGUUUCACCAAGAACCAGGGUAUUCGGGUGCUCUUCGACGACGGCUCCCGAGUGAUUUUCAGACUCUCUGGCACCGGCAGCAGCGGCGCCACCGUGCGCCUCUACAUCGACAGCUACGAGAAGGACAACGUCACCUGCAGCGCCCAGACCAUGCUGAAGCCCCUCAUCAACGUCGCCCUCGACAUCUCCCAACUCAAGAAGUUCACCGGGCGGGAGCAGCCCACCGUCAUAACCUAAACCCUUCCCCGUAGAGUGGUGGCAUUUAUUGUGAUCUUCGUUGCACAUUUUCGAUUGUUUUAUUUGUCUAUUUCUUUGUACAAAACUUAAUAAAUUACGGUAAAUCAAA